UCACAUCAAACAGCUACCGUCUGGCCACUACGGCAGAACAUGUAAAUGGGAAAUUUCACAAAAGCUGCAACACUGUAAACCGUAAAGGAAAAGGAUAAUCGAAUUUCGAACAGAUAGUAUUGCCCAGAACAUGAAGAAAUUUUCCGUGUCGUAGACGCGUAUGUUAUCGAAAUAAAACGUUGGAAAAAUAUUAAAUUGUGUUAAAAAUAAGAAAACGAUAAAUUAUUUAAUUUUUCUGUGUACAUAUAAACCGUUAACCGUAAAAAGUUGUGCGACGUUUGGAGCACCUUGGCUGAAACAUUUUCCAAAGCUAUUGUUAUGAAUGUCGCGUAAAUAUUUUAAUAUAGAGAUAACUUUAAUUUAUUUUCUACUGCUUAUACCAUGGCCCCACACACACAUUAUAAAGAUGUUUUGUUCCAAAGAUAACAGCCGUUUGGUGCGCAAAAUUGUACGCUCAAAAUGGACGCCCAUAUUAGAUAAAUACUCGGCGAAAUUACCUCUAGAGUGCCCGCUACAUCCGCUGCGUGAUGUUUACUCUCCUUGUCAAGAUGCCAAAAAACGCGAUCGCCCAACGCAGUGGACAUGUCGUCUGUGUGGCAAAAGUUUCUAUCAGGAAAGAUUUUUGGACUUACACUUUGAGACACGGCACAAGAGUACCAUCAACGAGGCCGAAGAUGCCGUUUGUCUGGCGGACUUUUGUGAUAUAAUGCGAUGCGAAGUAUUCCAAACAGAGGAAUCGUCGAGUUUAACGACCAGCGACCAACAUGUGGUUACCGAUAUUGAAGUCUGGGGUGAUUCGCUGGGUCAGAAUUCAGCGCUGGCAAAGGCAAAUACGCCCUAUUUGAGUUUAAUACCUCUCAGGACCUCCUCCAUGGGCGGCACACGAGGCGCAAAAGUACAAACUCGUCAAUUAUGUCAGGACAAAAUUGGCCAAAAUAAAUUUAAGGACACUGUCGAAAAUGUAAUUAUUGCUGAAAAGAGCAAGAAGUCAACCACCAUGAUUGCCAAUGAACCCAUGAAAAAUAUGAGAAAGGGACAUGCUGACGGUGAACAUUCAACAGGAACUCCAACAAAUUCGGAGCAUAACAAGGCUGCCAAUAUGCAAACACCGCCACACACACACAAUCCAAAAACCAAGAAGAACGGGUCUAAUGAACACAGCAGCCAUGACGAUAAUGACGAUGGGAGCUCCACGCCGACAAGCAAUACCAGUAGGAUCAAGAAUGGGAAUGGGAAUAUACAGAAAACGCGUGCCAACUGCAAAGCUGAGGAACUGAGCAAACUGAAGGUGCAAUGUGAAAUCUUGGUGCGCACCUGCAUCGCUAGCCUUCUGCUGACAAUGACGGAUCAGAGCUUUAAAGAAAUGGAAGAGGAAAUGAACAGAGCAGUUUGCUGGUAUCUGUCAUGCGAUCGCUACUGGGAGGAUGGCCCGCUCGAGCCGCGCAUCUUCCCUUGGGGUUUGACACUGAUCCUCAUUUUUGUCCUCUCGACUGGAGUGUGCUUUUGCUACUACAUCAUUUGGGUACUAUUUGACUCCGAGGAAACGACAAUCAAUACCAAUCAACAGGACUACAUGUACCAUCGGUACCAGCAAUCGGCGUCCAUGCAGCAACAGCAGCAGUACCAGACCUACACGACUACCGGUAUGCACGGCGGCAUGCGCCAGAACCUAUCCCAGCCGUACUACUACCAGCAGGCGGCUCACGAAUUAUACCCCGAACCACUUCAAUACGAUUAUCGCCACAGCCCGAGACGUUACUUGGCAGAGUCCCAUAUGCAGAACACGUCCACGGCCGCCGACAUGAGCGGAACACCACGACAUCGUCACAUGCCGACACAGAGUCACGCUUACCAACAGGACAUUUUAGACCGACGCGACUAUACAAGUAGACCAAUCGCCACAACAGCGGUCACGAGCGUGGGCGGCAAAUCGAUGACGAGUGCGAGCGGAGCACCAAAAUCCGCCAGCAUUGCGGGCCUAGGGACAACCGGUGUCACUAUGUUGGAAAAUGAGUCAAACAUGGGUGUGGCUACGGGAGGUGGACGUCAAUACAAUACCCACCCACGGCCCUUAACCUCUCAUCAUCGCAAUAGUGGAGCCUCUCAGCAUUCGCUACGUGCUUCAUCAUCCAUUCAUGAAUUUAUGCAAAAUGACAUAGGUCAAAACGAGCACUACAUCUAUGUUACGUAUCCGCCUGAUCUAAAAAAGCGAUAUUUUGACAAAUAUGAAUAGAUGCGCUGGUCACCACCAUCCCAUCAUGCAUGGAUGAGCAUGCAAACCACGACCACGGACGACAUUAAGCAAUCAAGGAUCGGCGGAUUCCAGUCACUAACUAAAUUGACUGGCUUUAACUGCGUCAGAUGUAUGAAAGUUUCAUAUAUGUAUACUCGUAUGGAGAUGCAUUAAGGCAGUUUGCUUGAUAAAGACUGCAUUUUAGCUGUCAGAAAUUUAGCUGAUUUUAUAGUGCAAUAAAUUAUUAAUUAAACAAUUAAGUAAAAUAAAGAAUAACAUAAACGCCAAUGCAUCGAAAUAUUUGUGCUCGCAACUCGCUCGAGGCUUGAAAUACUUAAUAUUCAAAGCAUCAAAGUGUCAUUAUUCAUUAAUAAACAAUCAAUUAUUCUCAUAAUAAAUUUCUUAAAAAACCCUUUUA